UCUUAAUGUUGAGUUGCUUAUAUUUUGCAGUUACUAGAAAGACGUUCCGCACUGAUGGAGAAAUCUGACAUUAGACGUGCAAUGCUGGAAGAUUCUUAUCGUUUACAACAGUUUGAAAGAGAUUGUGAUGAAACAAAAGGUUGGAUUAGUGAAAAGUUGAAGACUGCAACCGAUGAGAGUUAUCUUGAUCCAACCAAUGUUAAUGGCAAAGUCCAGAAACAUCAAAAUUUUGAACAAGAAUUAAAUGCCAAUAAAAGUAGGAUUGAUGAAAUUGCUAGUACUGGUCAGGAAUUGAUGGAAGCAAAUCAUUAUGCUUCAUCCCGAAUAAGGUGAGCUAAAUAUUUCUCCUUAUA